AUGACUGUUGUGAAUAAGGUUGAUUAUAACAACAAGAUUUUUUGCAUGUUGCAAGAUGAAACUAAAUAUGAAUGUGUGUCGAAGAAUGAAAUCAACAUAUCUUAUAGGAAGAUCAGGUUAUUAUUAGAGGAUUCACUAUUUCAAGGGGCAAUUAAUGAAGAAAUGUAUAAUUUUUUGUAUAUUGAACAACCUAUUAUUCCAGUUGCCUUUGGGAUACCUAAGACUCACAAAAAUGUAAGUGAUCCACCAUAUAGGUUAAUAAUUGCUGGUAACAAUAGUGUUACAUACCCUUUGGGGGUGUUUGUGGACCGUAUCGUUAGGAAAAGCUUGGUGCCCAUUGAGCAUAUAUUGAUCGACUCCUGGGAUUUUUUAAAAAGAAUUAAGAAUGAAUACUAUGGUAAUGAAGUGUGUUUCUCUACUAUUGAUGUGGUCAAUUUAUUUACUUCAAUUCCACAUGAGAAGGGUUUAGAGUUCUUCCAUGAGGCAUUGGUUGAAAAGACUAAUUUGGGUAACACCAUGAUUAACUUCAUUAUGUUCUUGAUGGAAGUUAUUCUAAAAAACAACUUUUUCAUGUUUGAAGGGGAAUUUUUUCGGCAAGUUGCUGGUGUAGCCAUGGAUGUGUUCUUGCAAGAGAAAACAUUCUGUCCUCCUACUCCUCAAUCAAGGUCCUUAUGCAUCAUCAAAAAGAAGAAAGUGGACCAAAGGUCUAAAUGGGAUAUAACUGGGCAUGGAGCUCUUAUUAAAGUCUAUUGUCAGAAAAAGAGGAUACAAACCACACAAGUGACAAUUCCUUGCACAUCAGGAGUGGUGACAGGGCAGGAUACUUACCAAAAAACUCAUCUUAAGCGCAAGUUUGAGGAGGUUGACAACAACAGCAACAUGCCAGUAGUUGAAUGGCAUCCACAAAUGGUUCAGAACAAUACCAGGGGUGUUACAGGCACUACAGAUGCUGCCCCAAGUUUGGAUUUCAUAGACUAUGGCCAUCUCACUAAGAAAGGCUACAGUUUAACUCGUGGUAAAAUGAUUUUCUCCACAGCCAAUAAGUAUAAAGUAUUAGACUUUCUUGGUCGUGGUUCUUUUGGAGAGGUAGUUAAAUGUAAGAAGCUGGGUACCAAUGAAACAGUGGCCAUAAAGAUGUUGAAAUUUGAGUCAUCAUAUACAAUGGAGGCAAAGGAUGAAGUCAAUAUUCUGGAUGAACUAAGAACAGAAAAUGCACACUACCACAACAUUGUCGAGGCUUAUGAGUGCUUUUGGUACAAUUAUUCUCUUUGCUUUGCCUUUGAGAUGUUGGAUCGGGAUCUUCACAGCUUUUUAAAGAAAAAUAACUUCUGUCCCUUACCUCUCGAGCACAUUCGCUAUAUCCUGCAACAAAUUGCAACAGCUCUUAUUAAGCUAAAGAGCCUUGGAAUUAUGCAUGCUGAUAUUAAACCAGAGAAUAUCAUGUUGGUUGACCAAGCAAGGCAGCCAUAUAGGAUCAAAUUGAUUGAUUUUGGCUUAGCAAUCCAUGUGUCUCGGGCAGACUGUCAUAGCUACUUUGGGACAAGAUACUACAGAGCUCCAGAAAUGAUGCUCGGCUUGCCACUUUCUGAAGCAUUUGAUAUGUGGUCACUUGGAUGUGUCCUUGCAGAACUUUUCUUAGGUGUUCCCUUGUACCCUGGUGAUUCAGAUUAUGAGCAGAUUUGGUACAUUUCAAAGACACAGGGGUUGCCAGCACAGUCCUUGCUAGACACAGCAAUAUUUACAACAUACUAUUUUACAAGAGACCCUUAUUUUGGAUAUCGAUGGAAGCUAAAGACACCAAGAAAAAUUAAAGAAGAGACAGGAAUGACAACAAAGGAGAGAAGAAUAUAUAUUUGUAGCUCCUUGGAUGCUAUAGAGCAGAUAAAUAUGCCAAGAGAGCUGAAGGGUCAUGACAUGAUAGUGGAAAAGGCCAACCGGCAUGAGUUUGUUCAUUUGUUAAAGAAGAUGCUCACCAUAGAUGCAGAAAAGAGGAUUACACCAGCUAAAACAUUAAAGCAUCCCUUUGUGACAAAGUCAUAUCUGCUCCAAUUCCCAGAAAGUGCACAUCGACGAUUUAACUUUAAUGAACAAAUAUUUAAUCACCGGAUUGAGACUUUUGAUGACUCAUUCAAGAAUUUUAAAGACAGACUGUAUGCUUUAAAAACAAACCAACUAGAAGUUGACUAUUUAAAUGAAUGUACUGGCAAAGAAAGAGUGCCUAAAGGGUUGAGAUUAUUUAAAUAUCCUAACAAUGUUAAACAGAACUCUUUACUGUAUAAACAGUUAACUGAAUUAUUUAACAAGACUGGUAUUGAAAUGUUGAAGUUAAUGGUUAGGGACUACGAAAGUCAGAAUGAAAUGUUGUUAAGUGAAACAAAUGCAUUGCACAACAAGGUUCUGGAUUUUAACAGUGGGAAUUUUGACCAGAGAAAGUACGAGAAUUUGUUUGGGGAAAUUGACAAUUACUGUGAUAAAAUUAUUCUUAGAAAAAUGAGAAAACUUGACCGGGAUUUAAAGGAAUAUAGAAGUGGUAGAGCUUAUCCAGUUUUUAACAACACUUCAGAGAGUUUGAAUGUUGACAGUGGUAAUGUAAUAACGUUGACUGUUUGUGACUUGUGGCAAGAACAUUGUCUGCAUUUUGUGUACUUGGAUUAA